AUGGCAGCUUUAAUGAAUCAGUGGCGACAUUCAAGUGAUGAGGAAACUUCUCGUAGCAUCAAAGCGUGGAAGAUGUCGGCGAGGGAACCGUCGGCAGAACUUGUCACAUUGAUGGUGGUCGAGAUUGCACGGACGCGGAACCUCUACAAGUCCAACCUCUUCCGCCUGCAGCUGGAGGAGCUGAUCAAGGAGAUGACGCCCAGGAAGCCCCCGCCGGCGCUGGAGGCGGCUCUCCAUGCACUGCGCCCGCUGCUCCUGGAGAAGCUCCGUACAAGGGACAUCCCGGCGGACUUUGCCCGCGAGUUCCCGGCGCUGCGGUUCGUGCAGCGCGGCGGCGCGGCGCCCUCGGUGCUGCGCUUCGCGCCGCCGAGGCGUAUCGACGUUGUCGGCAGCUUCUUGUUGGGGACCUACAUGAAAGACGAGCUCGCCGCGGACGUGGCAGUUGAGAUGCCCGCCGACAUGUUCCGGUCGAAGGACUACCUGAACUUCCGGUACCACGACAAGCGGGCCGCCUACCUGGGAGAGCUCCACCGGCAGCUCUGUGGUGGUCUGCUCCAAGGCAGCGAGCCGCUGGUGGGCCUGACCGCCACCUUCGAGGCGGUGUCGGGGGACCCCACGCGGCCUUGUCUGUGCCUCCAACCAGAGGAGAAUGCCAGGUGGGCCAUCAGAUUGCUGCCCACCUAUGCGCCUGACCUCUGGCCGGCUCGAGUGCUUGGGCCGGAUCGAAACGCUGUGCGCCCCGACAGGUCUCUGGAGAACGGCGCAGCGCCUUCCACGGCCCACUACAAUAGUUGUGUGCUGGAGGACGCGCGGAUGAGGCAGCAUCUGGAGACGUUGCACUCCUGUUUGGAGCGGUUCACAGCCCUGCGCGACGGGAUCUUUCUUCUGAAGCGCUGGGCUCGCUGCUGUGGGUUCCUGGCUGCGGGCUCCGACCGCGCCGUCUCCACGCCGGUCAGCGGCUUCCUCUUAUCCAUGUUUGCGGCACACGCGGCGAAUACCGCUGGCGUGGCGCCGACGCAGACAUCAUCGUUUCAGCUCUUCAAGUUGACCUUAAGCUUUCUGGCCUCGACGGAGUGGAGUGAGCAGAAGGUCACCUUUGGUGUGGCGGGCUCUGCCGCGCUCUCUGCCAUGGAGGCGCAGGCGGCCACCGCGCACUUCUACGACGCUGACGGCUCGGUCAACUUCCUCUGCAGAGUUGGUCCGGUCAUGGAGGAGCUGCAGUGGGAGGCCAAGCGCGCUCUCCGGGCCAUGGACUCCCAGGCAGACCCUUUUGACACGGUCUUCGGCUGCCAGGCCACGCCGGAGCUUACCUGGGACCUCUGCCUGAGACUGCCGGAGCUUCCAAGCAUGGCAAUGUGCCCGGACCUGAGGACAGAGGCGCCAGCCAACGAGGAGGCAACUCCGGGCCUUCCGCCGGAUCUGCCCGAAGCCCUCGCCGUGGCGCAGCGUCUUCGAUGUGUUCUGCGCGCUGGCUUGGACGACCGCUGUGUUCGUGCCGCUGUGCGGUGGGUGGGCAGCCUCUGUCCCCGAUGGGCGGAGCAUCUUCCCGAGACCGGCGUUGCGGUGCUCAUCGGCCUGAUCCUGGCCCCGGAACACUUGGAGCGAGUGGUGGACCGCGGCCCAUCUGCGCAGGAUGCUGCCGCGACGAAGUUCCGCCAGCUGUGGGGCACUGACAGGAGUGAGCUCCGGCGCUUCAAGGAUGGGAGCAUCCUCGAAUGCGUGGUUUGGGAGAAGCCUCCUGCAGAGAGGUCCGUCGAGACUCCGAAGCAGCCAGCGGUGGUGACACAGAUCGUGCGGCAUCUGCUCACAAGGCAUCUGCCUGCGUCGCUCGCGCCGAAGACGGACAUCGUUUCGGGGCCGACGGGCUUCGUGGCCAACCUCGGCGAGAAGGACCGCCGGCUUUGGGCCACCUUCGAGACCUUCCGCACGCACCUCUGCCAGCUGAGCUCCUUGCCCUUGGCGGUGAAGGACAUCCACCCUGUGGACGCCUCCUUCAGUUACAUGGCCAUCCAGUCCACCUUUGCGCCCCCGGCACCCUCGGGCAGUGAUGCCGCCCUGCGGCGGACGUUGCACGCCACUGUGCUGGAGUUCGAGUCCUCCGGGCGGUGGCCCUCCGAGCCGGCCCCGGCGCAGAAAGUCGCCACGGCGCUGCUGCUCCAGAUCCGCGAGGAGCUGUCGUCCGACUUGGGCAUUGAGGCGGACGCCACUGAAGGCUUCCUCGAUGUGCGCUAUCCGGACGCGGUGUUCAGGCUGCGCAUCUUCCACCCCCACGAGCUGCAAGAGGUGGCCAACAAGGCGACCGGCCUCCAGGCCACGAGCUCAACGCCGCCCUCGGAGCCCGACUUGGAACGGCUGCGGGCCCUGUGGUGGCGACCGCGGCUGCGUGCCUCGUUGCAUGCGCACGCGCCCGGGCUGCAGAAGCCAGCGAUGGCCGGGGCGGUCCGGCUGUUCAAGCGCUGGAUGGCCUCCCAGAUGAUGUCGGGCUAUGAUGAGCCGCCGGGCUGUGAAAUCGUAAAGCAAUCUUUGCAAUCACUACGCAGGUUUUGCGAGCACCUGGUGUGCGCAGUUUUUCUUCACCCAGCCCCCUUCGAUGCGCCCAGCAGUCCCCACGUCGGCUUCUGUCGCGCCCUGUGGCUGCUGGACUCAUUCGACUGGCAGAGGGACACGGGUUUAAGCAGCUCCUUUGCCGUUCUUCUUGCCUCCUUGAGCAAGGAGCGCCUGGGCCUCCGGCAGUCGUUUGAGAACCACUUGGCCACGGCGCAGAAGCUUGGCCUCUGCAAGAUGGGAGCCUCCUACGCUUCUGGGCGUGGGGCUGAGAGUGUCUCCACCCGCCUGGAUCCCCACGCGUUGCUGCUGGCGACACCGCCCUCCACCGUGGCAGCCUGGCUGAGGCGCCGGGCGCAAGAGGCUCUGCGGUGCUUCCAUGCCCGCGUGCUGGGUGGGGAGCCCAAUCUAGGCGUGGAAUCAAACUGGCGCGGAAUCUUCGAGUUGGACACGUCGGCCUUCGACGUGGUGCUGCAGCUACAGCCUCCACUGGAGGAUCGCACGCAUGCUGCCGAGACCCAAAACGGGGACGAGGCCGCGGCUGCCAUGGCUGAUUCUUCUGAGAAGGAGGGGCAUGCCACCGUGAAGAUGGUCUCGGUCGAGGCUGCUGAGGCGCUGGUGCAAGGCGGGGCCCUCAACGAGCGUGGGAAAGCAAAAACGUUUGAGUUUGAGGGUCUUUGGGUGUUAGAACCAGAAGCCGUGCAAGGGCUGCGCGAGAAGCUCUCGCCCGUGUGCCUGGUGUUCCACGAUGCCCAGCAGCAGGUGCUGGCCCUCAAGUGGAGGCACGACCCGAGGUAUCCCGAGCUUGAGGCCCAGCGCUUUCCUUCCGCAGCCUCAGAACGCCACUGGGACUUGUCGGAGUUUUUUGCGCAAGGGGGGAAGGUCGUGCUGUGA